AUGUCCGAGAAGUUGAAUAUCGAAUCACCCAGCUUUGUCCCUGAGCACAAGAAAGGUGGCAGAAGAGGUACAGCAAAUAAACAAGCUGAUACUGACAAGGGUAGUAACAAGAGAAAACCAAAAAGAAAUAACAACAGGCAUCUUCCAAGGGCUAAAACUGCCUCAAGUCCGGGGGAUCUGGAAUGGAACAUUCAAGAUGAGCUUGCCAAUGGGAACUACAAGCUAAAUGGAAAGAAGACAAAGAUAUCUAUCAACCAUCUACUUGACUUCCAGCUCCCCGAGAUCGAAGCUCCCAAACCCUUGAGCAGGAACCCUGCAGAUCGAAGAAGAAGACGCCAUAGCGAUAACCAUGAUAGGGUGUUCCUUCAUGGUGAUUCUUUCGUAAAUGCCAAUUACAAGUUCAUAGUGGAUGAUAAAGGAUCUUAUGAAGCUCAGUCUAAUGAUCCCAAUGUCCCCUUGGAGACAGAGUCAAUUAGAAGAGUUGUCAUGCCGAAAGGUCAAAGUUGUCCAAUAUGCUUGACAGAUGACUUAAUAUCUCCACGUAUGGUAAUUUGUGGUCAUGUAUUUUGUCAAACAUGUUUACUUGAACUUUUUAAGAAUGAUCCUAUUGUAAGCAAGGGCGAAGAAAGUACCCUUGCUAGAAUGAAGAGGAAAGAGUUACGCGAAUGUCCGCUUUGCAGUAGUAUAAUCAAGAAAAGCAAUGUCAAACCUGUCUUACUCACAGAAGAAGAUUCAAAAGCAAAUACUCCAACUAUAGGAUCCGAAGUUGAAUUACAACUAAUUUGUAGACCUCAUGGAUCACUAUUGCCCCUACCAGUAACUUUAAAUAUCGAUCCAUUGACUAUCGGUAAUUUUCCUUCUGUGAAUAUGAAAGAAUUGGUUGAAUAUUCAAGAAUUAUGAAAUGUAGCAACCAAUAUGCAAUAGAUUUAUUGGAGCAGGAUAAUUUACAAAUCUUCACACAAUUAGAAGUCGAUAAGGCUUUAUAUCAUGAUAACGGAAGACUUGCCCAAAUGGCUAUUGACGAAAAUUUAGCAUUAAUUGAAAGUUUGAAAAAUACCGAUAAGGAAAAUGAAGUUCCUGACAUUAUGGGGCUUACUUUAGAUGCUCACCAAGGAAUAGAGAAAUAUACUGAUGAUUCAGCAUUUUUUUAUUAUGAAACUGGAUUCAGCUCUAGCACAAAAUUCUACCUUUCACCUCUAGACAUUAAGGUAUUGAAAAACGCAUUCCCACAUUAUCAUGAGUUCCCUCCCGUGCUUAAGGUCAAAGUGGAAGAUAUUCAUUAUGGAUCAAUGGUGACGGAAACAACCAUAUCCAAAUUUAAAUACUUCUCACACCUCCCAAUCGGGACUGAACUAGCAUUCAUUGAUCUUGACUGGCGCAAUGAGGACACAAUUCCGAAAGCCGUUUACAAUAAAUUUGCAGCGGAGUUAAAGCAGAGACACAGGAAAGCCAUGGCAAGAAGAAGCAAGGAGGAUAAAGAUAAGCUUUUGUACCAGGAGCGUUUGGAACAAGAGCAGUUGGAAUUUUACCAACGGGAGAACAAUGAUAUUUUCUCAUCCAUCCAACCUGCACAAACAUAUUUCCCUUCGAAAAAACCUUCGAAACCAGAGACAAUUAGCCAACACACACCAUCUUCGUUAAAUGACAAAAAGCAAGGCGAAUUGUCAUUAGACGAUCAUCCUUCUAAGCCAAAACUCAAGGAACGUACUGUAUGGGGUACGCAAAUCGUCGUGACAGAUCAAAAUACUAUUGAAGAAGAUCUUGAAUUUGAAAGAAUGCUACUUGAAGCAUCCCAAUCGAAGAAGAAUCGCUCCAAAAAGAAGGGUAAAACUCUCCUAUUGAGCAAUUCAUCUACCAGAGCAUUGUAG